GCUUUUGAAGUUUUCGCCAAUUUGAUUAAACAAAAGAGGAUGUAUCAUACCAUAGAAAUCAUUGUAUUCACUUUAACCUUAGAUGUUCAAGGUUCGUUAGAAAACACCCCGUGCAAGCAAACAAAAGACUGGAACGGUUACCAAUUGCAAUGCUCUAAAAAACAUACGAUUUAUAUCACACACCAUAUCAUUGAGGAUGGAUUUCAAAGGUUAUCGUACUCGGACAUGUUCUUUGGCUGUAAUGAGACAGAUGCCGUAUAUUGUGGUGCUAAACUUCCUAUCAACCAUACACUUGGACAAAACAAUUCAGCUUUUCCUUCAGCUGUAAGAGAUUGCAAUGGUAAAAUUCAGUGCAAUGUGAGUGCUCAAUACUUUAAAGAUGUUGAGGCAGAUCUUCGAAAAUCAUGUAGCCAAUUCCACCAAUCAGAAUUAAAGAAAGCCUUAUUUCGACAAAGCAUUGAUUAUGAAUGUAUCCAAGAUUAUCAAGUUAUUGAUAUGGACACAAACAGAAAAUACAGUAGAAGUCCCCAUGUAUAUUUACGGUUAUCACCUGGAUAUGAAAGUACCUUCUCGUGUAAAGUCAACGGAGAUAUAUCCCGUGUUGAUAUUUUACAGACAACUAUGGCAGAAUUGAUCAUCUACAAUGAAAGUAGGCCUUUGUAUGAGCACAAACACUCUAGUGUAAGUCUCUAUGGAGUAGAACUUCAAGUGAAUACGAAGAAGCUGCUCAUUCAUAUACAGGGGAAAUCUGCAGCAAGUCAUGCACUCAUUAAAGUAUUAGGAAACCUGACAAUUCGUUGCGAGGAGUUAAAAUUGACGAGCACUGUUCAAGAUCAGGAUCCUGUUUCUACACCAUUAACCAGUGUAGAAACACAUCAGAAAGGAGAACAAAUACAAAAACAUUCCUUAUCAGGACAAUAUGUAAAAGAUGUAACCAGUGUAGAUGUAAUGGUGAAAUCACUGAAUGGUCUCAGGCGAGCAUUUCAAGAACAGAAAACAUCAACCGGACAAGUUUUUUCGAUGAUGUCUGCAGAAAGUAAAUCAACAUUGAAUUCAAAUGAGAUCACAAGCAAGAAAUACGGCGGAUUAUUAGAUGUUAUACAAGUUUCCUUUGGUGUCAUUUUAAUUUUACUCGUAAUAUUUCUGAUCAAUAAACAGAGAUCUCACAAAUCGAACACGAUCCAAAUAAAUGAUAAGGGAGAACGAUUUGUACUUGUGUUUCCUCCCAAACAAGAAGACGGUAAGAAAAGUAUUGAGAUUCACCGAGCAGACUGUUUGUGUAAUCAGUCAGAAACCAGCGAAAUACAACCCCCCUUACAGCACUACACUCCAUUACAGGCUGUCAACGGAACAUCAACCUAUACUGAACUAAGUCUAACAAAUGAGUACCUUGAUGUUGUUCGGGAGACCUGAUCAAAGAACACAUUAAAAAAUGUGUAUGCAGUCCUAAUUUUGUUGCACAUACAU